AUGCGCAUUGCGUCCUGCUUUUGGCCGCUCCGCGCAUCGCGCCGACCAGGCCGCCGCCGUCGCAAUGCGCAAUGCGGCCACCCUGCCGGCCGCAUUGCGACGAUCCGCCACCGUGAUGCGCUAACCCGCCGCUCCCAUACGCUCUCAUUCCCUCUCACCCACUCUCUUACGCUCUCAUUCCCUCUCACCCACUCUCUUACGCUCUCAUUCCCUCUCACCCCCUCUCUUACGCUCUCAUUCCCUCUCACCCCCUCUCUUACGCUCUCAUUCCCUCUCACCCACUCUCACACCCUCUCAUUCCCUCUCACCCACUCUCAUACGCUCUCAUUCCCCCCACCCACUCUCAUACGCUCUCAUUCCCUCUCACCCACUCUCAUACGCUCUCAUUCCCUCUCACCCACUCUCAUACGCUCUCAUUCCCUCUCACCCACUCCCAUACGCUCUCAUUCCCUCUCACCCUCUCUCAUACGCUCUCACUCCCUCUCACCCACUCUCAUACGCUCUCACUCCCUCUCACCCACUCUCUCACGCUCUCAUUCCCUCUCACCCACUCUCAUACGCUCUCAUUCCCUCUCACCCACUCUCAUACGCUCUCCUUCCCUCUCACCCACUCUCAUACGCUCUCAUUCCCUCUCAUCCCUUCUCAUCCCCUCUCAUUCACUCUCAUACACUCUCCUAUACUCUCAUACUCUCUCAUCAUCCCUUAUCAUACACUCUCAUUCACUCUCAUCCCCUCUCAUCCUCUCUCAUCCCAUACUAUCAUAUACACUCUCAUCCCCUCUUAUACACUCCCCAACACACUCAUACACUCUCAUCCCUGCUCAUCCCCUAUCAUCCCCUCUCAUCCCCUCUCAUCCCCUAUCAUCCCAUCUUAUACACUCUCACCCACUCUCAUACGCUCUCAUUCCCUCUCACCCACUCUCAUACGCUCUCAUUCCCUCUCACCCACUCUCAUACGCUCUCAUUCCCUCUCACCCACUCUCAUACUCUCUCAUUCCCUCUCACCCACUCUCAUACGCUCUCAUUCCCUCUCACCCACACUCAUACGCUCUCAUUCCCUCUCACCCACUCUCAUACGCUCUCAUUCCCUCUCACCCACUCUCAUACGCUCUCAUUCCCUCUCACCCACUCUCAUACUCUCUCAUUCCCUCUCACCCACACUCAUACGCUCUCAUUCCCUCUCACCCACACUCAUACGCUCUCAUUCCCUCUCACCCACACUCAUACGCUCCCAUUCCCUCUCACCCACUCUCAUACGCUCUCAUUCCCUCUCACCCACUCUCAUACGCUCUCAUUCCCUCUCACCCACUCUCAUACUCUCUCAUUCCCUCUCAUCCACUCUCAUCAACUCUCACACGCUCUCAACCCCUCCCAUCCACUCUCAUCCCCUCUCAUCCCCUCUCACACACUCUCAUUCCCACUCAUCUCCUCUCGUCCUAUCUCACACACUAUCAUUCCCCCACAUUCACUCUCAUCAACUAUCAUACACUCAUAUUCACUCUCAUCCCCUCUCAUCCCCUCUCAUCCACUCUCAUCCCCUCUCAUCUACUCUCGUUCCCCUUCACACACUCUCAUUCCCUCUCAUACACUCUCCUCUCAUCCCCCCUCAUCCCCUCUCACACACUCUCGUUCCCUCUCAUACACUCUCGUACCCUCUCUUCCACUCACAUUCCCUCUCAUCCCUUCUCUUCCACUCUCAACCCCUCUCAUCCCAUCUCUUCCACUCUCAUUCCCUCUCAUCCCCUCUCCUACACUCUAAUCCCCUCUCAUACGCUCUCAUUCCCUCUCACCCACUCUCAUACGCUCUCAUUCCCUCUCAUCCCUUCUCAUACGCUCUCAUUCCCUCUCACCCACUCUCAUACGCUCUCAUUCCCUCUCACCCACUCUCAUACUCUCUCAUUCCCUCUCACCCACACUCAUACGCUCUCAUUCCCUCUCACCCACACUCAUACGCUCUCAUUCCCUCUCACCCACACUCAUACGCUCUCAUUCCCUCUCACCCACUCCCAGACGCUCUCAUUCCCUCUCACCCACUCUUAUACUCUCUCAUUCCCUCUCACCCACUCUCAUACGCUCUCAUUCCCUCUCACCCACACUCAUACGCUCUCACCCCCUCUCACCCACUCCCAUACGCUCUCAUUCCCUCUCACCCACUCUCAUACUCUCUCAUUCCCUCUCACCCACUCUCAUACUCUCUCAUUCCCUCUCACCCACACUCAUACGCUCUCAUUCCCUCUCACCCACACUCAUACGCUCUCAUUCCCUCUCACCCACACUCAUACGCUCCCAUUCCCUCUCACCCACUCUCAUACGCUCUCAUUCCCUCUCACCCACACUCAUACGCUCUCAUUCCCUCUCACCCACACUCAUACGCUCCCAUUCCCUCUCACCCUCUCUCAUACGCUCUCAUUCCCUCUCACCCACUCUCAUACGCUCUCAUUCCCUCUCAUCCCUUCUCAUACGCUCUCAUUCCCUCUCACCCACUCUCAUACGCUCUCAUUCCCUCUCACCCACUCUCAUACUCUCUCAUUCCCUCUCACCCACACUCAUACGCUCUCAUUCCCUCUCACCCACACUCAUACGCUCUCAUUCCCUCUCACCCACUCAUACGCUCUCAUUCCCUCUCACCCAUUCCCAUACGCUCUCAUUCCCUCUCAUCCACUCUCAUACUCUCUCAUUCCCUCUCACCCACUCUCAUACGCUCUCAUUCCCUCUCACCCACUCUCAUACGCUCUCAUCCCCUCUCAUCCACUCUCAUACGCUCUCAUUCCCUCUCACCCACCCUCACACCCUCUCAUUCCCUCUCACACACUCUCAUACGCUCUCAUUCCCUCUCACCCACUCUCAUACCCUUUCAUUCCCUCUCACCCACUCUCAUACUCUCUCAUUCCCUCUCACCCACUCUCAUACGCUCUCAUUCCCUCUCACCCACUCUCAUACGCUCUCAUUCCCUCUCACCCACACUCAUACGCUCUCAUUCCCUCUCACCCACUCCCAUACGCUCUCAUUCCCUCUCACCCACUCUCAUACUCUCUCAUUCCCUCUCACCCACUCUCAUACGCUCUCAUUCCCUCUCACCCACACUCAUACGCUCUCACCCCCUCUCACCCACUCCCAUACGCUCUCAUUCCCUCUCACCCACUCUCAUACUCUCUCAUUCCCUCUCACCCACUCUCAUACUCUCUCAUUCCCUCUCACCCACACUCAUACGCUCUCAUUCCCUCUCACCCACACUCAUACGCUCUCAUUCCCUCUCACCCACACUCAUACGCUCCCAUUCCCUCUCACCCACUCUCAUACGCUCUCAUUCCCUCUCACCCACACUCAUACGCUCUCAUUCCCUCUCACCCACACUCAUACGCUCCCAUUCCCUCUCACCCACUCUCAUACGCUCUCAUUCCCUCUCACCCACUCUCAUACGCUCUCAUUCCCUCUCAUCCCUUCUCAUACGCUCUCAUUCCCUCUCACCCACUCUCAUACGCUCUCAUUCCCUCUCACCCACUCUCAUACUCUCUCAUUCCCUCUCACCCACACUCAUACGCUCUCAUUCCCUCUCACCCACACUCAUACGCUCUCAUUCCCUCUCACCCACACUCAUACGCUCUCAUUCCCUCUCACCCACUCCCAUACGCUCUCAUUCCCUCUCAUCCACUCUCAUACUCUCUCAUUCCCUCUCACCCACUCUCAUACGCUCUCAUUCCCUCUCACCCACUCUCAUACGCUCUCAUCCCCUCUCAUCCACUCUCAUACGCUCUCAUUCCCUCUCACCCACCCUCACACCCUCUCAUUCCCUCUCACACACUCUCAUACGCUCUUAUUCCCUCUCACCCACUCUCAUACCCUCUCAUUCCCUCUCACCCACUCUCAUACUCUCUCAUUCCCUCUCACCCACUCUCAUACGCUCUCAUUCCCUCUCACCCACUCUCAUACGCUCUCAUUCCCUCUCACCCACUCUCAUACUCUCUCAUUCCCUCUCACCCACACUCAUACGCUCUCAUUCCCUCUCACCCACUCUCAUACUCUCUCAUUCCCUCUCACCCACACUCAUACGCUCUCAUUCCCUCUCACCCACACUCAUACGCUCUCAUUCCCUCUCACCCACACUCAUACGCUCCCAUUCCCUCUCACCCACUCUCAUACGCUCUCAUUCCCUCUCACCCACUCUCAUACGCUCUCAUUCCCUCUCACCCACUCUCAUACUCUCUCAUUUCCUCUCAUCCACUCUCAUCAACUCUCAUAAGCUCUCAUCCCCCCUCAUCCCCUCUCACACACUCUCGUUCCCUCUCAUACACUCUCGUACCCUCUCUUCCACUCACAUUCCCUCUCAUCCCUUCUCUUCCACUCUCAACCCCUCUCAUCCCAUCUCUUCCACUCUCAUUCCCUCUCAUCCCCUCUCCUACACUCUAA